CACCCUUGGCUCAUGCUCAGAGUAUAGCUUCUGACUUGGUAAAAGCUGCCGUUUCAAGACCUGAAGAUUUGCAUGUUAAAGAUACAAGCUAAACCUUUUGAUUUGAGUUAUAUCUUGUGAAGUAUAAAAGGAUGGUUCAACAGAAUCAUUUUGCAGAUGUAGAUUGACAUACUAUGCUUUUACUUUGCAUUUAAAAAACUUUAGGAGAGCUUUUACAUGCCCAGAUUCGAAGGUUCUUUCAUCACCAGAAGGCCUUUCUCUUCGGCAUUUUAUGUCUAGUAGACUAAGAUUCCCUUGUUAUUAGUAAACCUUGGGGUCUAAUUUAUAUAACCCCAAUUUGGCAAAUCUCAGUUGUUGAUUCUCAAGCAACCUCCCAUGGCUGACCUCCAAGGCUACAUCCUCCUCUUCCUAGUGUGGCUAGUCUCGUUCAUCCUAGUCCGAGCUGUGCUAAACCGAUACCGAGCCGCCUCUGGUCUCCCUCCGAGCCCCAGGUCCGUACCAAUUCUAGGCCACCUCCACCUCCUGGCUCCGAUCCCCCACCAAGCCCUCCACAAGCUCGCCGACCGCUUCGGACCCUUGAUCCACAUCUGGCUCGGCUCCAUCCCCUGCAUCGUCGUCUCCUCCGCUGAGAUGGCCAAGGAGUUCCUCAAGACCCAUGAGGCCCGCUUCUCCAACAGGCCUUAUAGUGCCGCAGUUGACUACCUCACGUACGGGUCGCAGGACUUUUCGUUCGCACCGUAUGGGCCGUAUUGGAAGUUCAUGAAGAAGCUGUGCAUGUCGGAGCUCCUGGGCGGUCGGACGCUGGACCUCCUCCUCCCGGUCCGGCGUGAAGAGAUCAACCGACUCCUUGUGUCGAUGUUGAAGAAGGCCGAGGUAGGAGAAGAAGUGGAUGUCGGAGGAGAGCUCGUCAAGGUGACCAACAACGUGAUUUCGAGGAUGACCAUGAACACGCGGUGCUCUGACAAUGACAACGAGGCCAGCGAGGUGAGGAAGGUGGUUCACGAGACGGCCGAGCUCACGGGGAAGUUCAAUCUGUCGGACUUCAUCUGGUUCUGCAAGAACUUGGACUUGCAGGGGUUUGGAAAGAGGCUUAAGGAAGUGAGGGACAGGUUUGAUGCGAUGACAGAGAGGAUCAUCAAGGAGCAUGAAGAGGCCAGGAAGAUCAGGAGAGAGAGAGGGGGGAGUGAAACGGCCAGAGAUUUGCUUGACAUCUUGCUUGAUAUAUCAGAGGAUGAGAGCACAGAGAUGAGGUUGACCAGGGAAAACAUCAAGGCAUUCAUCCUGGACAUAUUUGCGGCAGGGACAGACACAUCGGCAAUCACCACGGAAUGGGCCCUAGCGGAGCUAAUCAACCACCCCGAGGUGCUUGAGAAAGCGAGGAAAGAGAUUGACUCCGUGGUCGGGAAUGCCCGGCUGGUCCAGGAAUCGGACAUACCCGAUCUCCCCUACCUGCAAGCAAUAGUGAAAGAGACGCUGAGGCUCCACCCCACGGGGCCGCUCAUCGUGCGCGAGUCGUCCGAGGCCUGCACCGUUGCGGGCUACGAGAUCCCGGCGAAGACCCGGCUCUUCGUCAAUGUGUGGGCAAUCGGGAGGGAUCCUAAACACUGGGAGGACCCACUCGAGUUCAGGCCGGAGAGGUUUCUGAGAGAAAACAAGGCACAGAUGGACGUGAGGGGCCAGCAUUUUCAGCUGUUGCCCUUCGGGAGUGGGAGGAGAGGGUGUCCUGGAAUCUCGCUGGCGCUUCAAGUUGUGCAGACGAGUAUCGCUUGUAUGGUUCAGUGUUUUGACUGGCAAGUGACUGGCAAUGUGGACAUGGAGGAGGGACCUGGGAUUACUCUUCCAAGGGCUCGUCCCCUGGUUUGCGUCCCUGUGGCUAGGCUCGAUCCGUUGCCAUCGUUCUGAUGAUCUAGUCAGAUCGAAUCAAGAAAUCGGGAUGCCCUUGAUGUUUGCUUGUUUUCUCAUUACAUUGUUAAUUUAGGAAUCUACUUACAGCAUACCUUGGGUUGCAUGCUGCACAUGAAAUGCUCCUAAAUGUACUGAACAACCUCUAGCAGAUUAUGUCAAUCGUAUUGACAAAUACGGCAAUGACAAGUUAUUCAAGUAAUAGGCUCGGUGACCACUU